GGGUCAUAUUCAGUGCCACGUCGGCCAUAUUGACCGGUUAGAAGUGUCUUUCCUUGAAACUCUGAUCGUAUUUUUGUGGCAACUAUGCCUUUGAGACUAGAUGUAAAGCGUAAGCUCUCUGCUCGGUCUGACCGAGUCAAGUGUGUGGAUGUCCAUCCAACUGAACCAUGGAUGCUGGCAAGUUUGUAUAAUGGUAAUGUACAUGUGUGGAAUUUUGAGUCACAGACAUUGGUCAAGACAUUUGAAGUUACUGACCUGCCAGUGCGUACUUCUAAAUUUGUCCCAAGAAAAAAUUGGGUGGUGACUGGAUCUGAUGACAUGAUGCUGAGAGUUUUUAACUACAACACCCUGGAGAAGGUUCAUGGCUUUGAAGCUCAUUCCGAUUACUUGCGCUCAAUUGCUGUCCAUCCAACUCAGCCAUAUGUUCUAACAAGCAGUGAUGACAUGUUGAUCAAACUUUGGGACUGGGACAAGAAGUGGCAAUGUAGUCAAGUGUUUGAAGGGCACACCCAUUAUGUGAUGCAGAUCGUCAUCAAUCCCAAGGAUAAUAACCAGUUUGCUAGUGCUUCUCUCGACCGAACAAUCAAGGUAUGGCAGCUGGGUUCCAACACGCCAAACUUCACUCUGGAGGGUCAUGAAAAGGGGGUAAAUUGUGUGGACUAUUUUCAUGGAGGAGAGAAGCCCUAUCUUAUUUCUGGUGCUGAUGACAGACUUGUGAAAAUAUGGGACUAUCAGAAUAAAACUUGUGUUCAAACACUUGAGGGACAUGCUCAGAACAUCUCUUGUGUUGGUUUUCACCCAGAAUUGCCAAUCAUUUUGACUGGCUCAGAGGAUGGUACUGUGCGCAUUUGGCAAGCCAAUACAUACCGCCUGGAGAGCACCCUUAACUAUGGUCUAGAAAGAGUUUGGAGCAUGGCUAUGCUUAAAGGCUCAAACAAUGUUGCACUUGGAUAUGAUGAAGGAAGCAUUCUUAUCAAGCUUGGCAGGGAAGAGCCUGCAAUGUCUAUGGAUUCCAAUGGUAAAAUCAUAUUUGCAAAGCACAGUGAAAUUCAACAGGCUAACCUGAAAAAUGUGGCUGAUUAUGAUGUUAAAGAUGGUGAACGUCUUCCUCUGGCAAUCAAAGACAUGGGGCCAUGUGAGAUGUUCCCCCAGACAUUGUCCCACAAUCCAAAUGGAAGAUUUGUUGUUGUUUGUGGUGAUGGAGAGUACAUCAUUUACACAGCAAUGGCACUGAGGAAUAAGAGUUUUGGAUCAGCACAGGAAUUUGUUUGGGCUUCUGAUUCAUCUGAGUAUGCCAUAAGAGAUGGAAACAAAAUCAAGAUCUUUAAAAAUUUUAAGGAAAGGAAGUCAUUCAAACCUGAGUUUGGUGCAGAAAACAUAUUUGGUGGUCAUCUUCUUGGAGUGAAGUCAGUUGGUGGAUUAGCUUUCUUUGACUGGGAGAGCACAGAUCUUGUCCGUAGGAUUGAAAUUCAGCCAAAGAAUAUUUAUUGGGCUGAUAGUGGUGAGCUGUGCUGCAUAGCCACAGAUGAGUCCUUCUUCAUUCUGAAGUAUGUUGCUGAGAAUGUUGCCAAAGCUCAGGAAAAUCCAGAGUCCAUUACUGAAGAUGGCAUUGAGGAUGCUUUUGAUGUUUGUGGCGAAAUAGAGGAUACUGUGAAGACUGGUAUUUGGGUUGGAGACUGUUUCAUCUACACCAAUGCUGUGAAUCGUUUGAAUUACUAUGUUGGAGGUGAAAUUGUCACCAUUGCCCACUUAGACAGGACCAUGUACCUCCUUGGUUACAUACCCAAAGACAACAGGCUUUAUCUAAGUGACAAAGACAUGAAUGUUGUGGGUUACUCCCUGCUCCUGUCAGUCCUGGAAUACCAGACAGCCGUGAUGAGGGAAGACUUUGACACAGCAAAACAGGUUCUUCCCACCAUUCCGCGAGAACAACGAAACCGUGUGGCUCACUUUUUAGAGAAACAAGGUUUCAAGCAGCAAGCUCUGGCAGUGUCCUGUGACCCAGAACACAGGUUUGAUCUGGCAAUACAACUUUCAGAACUGAAGAUUGCUUAUGAGAUUGCUUCUGAAGCUGAGAGUGAGCACAAGUGGAAGCAGCUGGCAGAGCUGGCCAUCUCCAAGUGUCAGUUCCAAUUGGCUCAGGAGUGUCUGAUAAACGCACAGGAUUUCGGAGGCUUGCUAUUACUGGCCACAUCGGCUGGAGAUGCUGACAUGAUUUUACGACUCGCAGAGACAUCUGCUAACAAGGGCAAGAACAACGUGGCCUUUUUGGCAUAUUUCCUUCUCGGAAGGCUGGAAGAAGGUAUUGAGUUGCUAUGCAGCACGGGACGGUAUCCAGAGGCAGCGUUCAUGGCUCGUACUUACUUACCAAGCCAUGUGUCAAAGAUCGUCCAAUUGUGGAAAGAAGAUUUAGCGAAAGUCAAUAAAAAGGCUGCUGAUUCUCUGGCAGAUCCUUCCGAAUAUGAGAAUCUGUUCCCCGAAUUUCAAGAAGCUUUGCAAGCGGAGCAGUUUCUGAAGCGGGAAAGAGUGCAAAUGAAACCUGCUGCCCAGUAUAAGCAUGUUCCGAGUAACUCUGAGCGUGAUGUGUUUGAAGAAAUGAAAGCAGCCAAGGAAGAUGGAAGCUUGGACUCAAUUCUGGCUUCGGUAGAAAGUUUGUCUUUCGGUGAACCUUCUGCAUCCCAACCAAUCGAGCCGUCACCUCCCUCAUUGGCUUCCAGAUCGUCAGCCGCAACCCACUCUUCACCGCCUCCUGCGCCUGCGGACAGACCGCCAGCGGCUAGACCUCCAGCGGCAGAAAAAGAACCCGUGAAAAGUCCUGCUGCCGAUACGAAACCUGCAGUCGAGGAUGAUAAGGACGAAGACGAACUCGACGAUUUCGACUUCGGUGGUCAGGACGAUGACGAAGACGACGACCUCAAUAUAGAUGAUGAUGACCUUUUAAAUGACGAUGACGAUGAUUUCCUAGCUGAUUAACAAAUUCAUAUUACUCGGGGUUUGUUCCUUGAGGAAAAAAAAAUGGAAUUGCAUUUUAUUUUCCGUGUAGUGGUAGAUUGAAAAAAAAAUUUUUUUUCUUAAAAUUGUCGGAAACUGACGCCGAUGCGAUAAACUGUAUUGUUAAGUGGUUGUUCGUUUUCAGUGGGUUGUUUUCACGUAAUUUCUACCAUACGUUAGAGAUUGACAGAGAAAUGAAAUGCCCAUAAACUCUAGGUGAACAAAGUAUGAAAUACCAACGUCAAUUUGUUUUAACCAGUGAAAGCGGUUCGAUUCCCUUCAGUGUUUAUGGUAAUGACAAAGAGAAACUAUAGUCGAUAAAAUACAGAAUUAAAAUUGUUGUUUUAUUGAG